UACGACUGAGUUGUGCAAAUCUGGGUGAACGGAUCUCCCAUUUCGGCCUGGCCAUGGACGAACAGGCGGGCCCCGGCGUGUUUUAUAACAACAACAAUAACUCCGCUCUGGCCGGCGGAGCGAAGGCGCCGCAGCAGCCGGGCGACGGAGGCGGAGAGGCGGUCAGGGCGCAGUACAGUAUCCCGGGGAUUCUGCACUUUCUGCAGCACGAAUGGGCCCGGUUUGAGGUGGAGAGAGCGCAGUGGGAUGUCGAACGGGCCGAACUACAGGCGCAGAUCGCUUUCCUGCAGGGUGAGCGGAAAGGCCAGGAGAACCUAAAGAAGGAUCUGGUGAGAAGGAUCAAGAUGCUGGAGUACGCUCUAAAGCAGGAAAGGGCAAAAUACCACAAGCUGAAGUAUGGCACCGAACUCCAGCAGGGAGAAAUGAAAGCGCCGAGCUAUGACUCAGAUGACGGAAAUGAGAACGAGGGCCUUGCGGAACCACCAAACAGCCAGCUGAGCUGGAAGCAAGGACGGCAGCUACUGAGACAGUACCUGCAGGAGGUGGGCUACACAGAUACCAUCCUGGAUGUGAAGUCUCAGCGAGUAAAGGCAUUACUGGGGCUGACCGGGGACAGUGUGGAGCAAGGUACAGAACGCAGGACAGAGCCAAUGGUGAACGGCACAGAACCUUCCUCACUGAAGGACAGCACCAACACCAUGAUGGGGAAACCAGAAAUAUCCGAUUCAGCGACGGUUUUGGAGGCAUUCAAGUUCAUCGAGAGUGCGGCCGCCGAGUUCAGCGAUGAGGAUGAUGACGAGGACAGUGAAGGAAGGGAGAAGACCAUCAUAGACUUGGCAACAAUGAUUAGAAAAAAGGUGUCGCCAUCGCCGUCCUCCUCCUCGACAGAGCUGAGUGAUGACCUAGACACUGAGGAGGCGCUGAAGGGAUUUGACUUCUUGACUAGCGGUGAGGACAUGGAGUGCUCAUCAGAAUCAACAUGUACUGGAGAAACCGCCGACUGGGAAAAGGAUCCAGAUGACACUUCCGAGGCCUGGGAGGUGGACCAGAGUCUGAUCUCUAAACUGAAGGAGCAGUACAGGAAGGAGCGCAAAGGCAAAAAGGGGGUGAAGAGGCCGAACAGGUCUAAGCUACAGGACAUGCUGGCUAAUCUGAGAGAUGCGGAGGUUGUUCCCUCCAUGCAGCCCCCAGUCAGCCCGCCUUCCAGACCCAGCCUCCCUCGACUCACCGAGCACGAUCUGGGCUGCGCUGAUGAAGUGGAAGCCCUGACGUUCCCCCCGUCCGCUGGGAAAUCAUUUAUAAUGGGAGCGGAUGAAGCUCUGGAGAACGAGCUGGGACUCGGAGAGCUGGCAGGACUCACUGUAGCUAAUGAAGCUGAGAGCUUGGCAUACGACAUCACCAACAACAAAGAUGCUCUGAGGAAGACGUGGAACCCCAAGUUCACCCUGAGGAGCCAUUUCGACGCCAUUCGCAGUCUGACCUUCCACCCUAUAGAGCCGGUGCUGGUCACAGCCUCGGAGGAUCACACGCUCAAGAUGUGGAACCUGCAGAAGACCGCGCCUGCCAAAAAAUGUGCUGCUCUUGAUGUGGAGCCCAUUUAUACAUUCAGAGCUCACAGGGGUCCAGUUCUCAGUGUGGUCAUGAGCACUAAUGGAGAACAGUGCUUCAGUGGAGGGGUGGAUGGAACCAUUCAGAGUUGGAACACUCCUAAUCCCAACAUCGACCCCUACGACUCCUAUGAGUCGUCUGCGCUCAGGGGGGCGCUGUGUGGUCACACUGAUUCAGUGUGGGGUUUAGCGUACGGCUCUGCCCACCAGCGGCUGCUGUCCUGCUCUGCUGAUGGGACUGUGAGGCUUUGGGACGCUGCAGACGUCUCGCCUCCUCUUGCCAUCUUUAAUGAGAAUCAGGAAUUGGGCAUCCCAUCGUCCGUGGAUGUGGUGUGUAGUGAGACUGCUCACAUGGUCACAGCCUUCAGCAAUGGCAGGACUGGCAUCUUCAACAUGGAGACCCAACAGCUGGUGCUGGAACUGGAGUCGCAGAACGCAGGAGAGCCAGAUGCUCCUCAGCAAAUAAACAAAGUGCUGAGUCACCCGACCCUGCCCAUCACCAUCACCGCACAGGAGGACCGGCAUAUCCGCUUCUUCGACAACAACACGGGUAAACUGAUCCAUUCCAUGGUGGCUCACCUGGAUGCUGUGACCAGUUUAGCCGUGGAUCCCAAUGGACUCUACCUGAUGUCUGGUAGUCACGACUGUUCCAUCCGGCUGUGGAACAUGGAGAGCAAGACGUGCAUUCAGGAGUUCACCGCCCACAGGAAGAAGUUUGACGAGUCGAUUAACGACGUGGCGUUCCAUCCCACGAAGUGCUACAUCGGCAGCGCCGGAGCCGACGCCCUCGCCAAAGUAUUCGUAUGACCUCCGAUCCUUCUUUCGUGGACCUACAAACGGACCCUGACAGGAGAGGCUGGAGGCGCCUUUUGGACACGGCUGAGGUUUCGUUCUGCAGAGCUUCUUGCUUUGAGAGGUUUAAGGAUGGAAGCUGAGAAAUCAGAAGCCCGAUGGAUGCAGUGGAACCUCAGUAGGAUGAACUCAUUCCAGUCCGGCCUCCACCUAUAAACCCCAAAUAAAAGCUAAAAUGCAAAACGCCCUCGUUCAGGCAGGCCUGCGUGAGGGACCAGGACCAGCUGUAUCCCCGCAGCUCUGGGUAGUCGGAAAUUUCACAUGGAUCGUUCAGAAGACCAGAAAGUCUUUGUGUGUGUGUGUGUGUGUGUGUGUGUGUGUGUGUGUGUGUGUGUGUGUGUGUGUGUGUGUGUGUGUGUGUGUGUGUGUGUGUUCAGAGAGAAAACCAAACACCGCUUAUGUCCACCACCAAGCGACUGCCCUUAGAAUCACUCCUGUUUAUCAGCCUCAUGGGAAGUCUGGUGCUUCCCACAACUUUGCUCUUUCUUUCUGAUCUUUUUCUUGUCUUUUUGUAGUGAUAGAAAGCGAGUUCGAGGCUCCCAGUCGUGAUGGUUCGUCUGUUUGUAUUGUAACUGUAUAGUGACAAUGUGCCUUCGCUUCCAGUACAGUUUCGGUAAGCAGCUGUAACCUCAUUGAUCCCAGAUGGAGUCGUAGAGAGUGAUUGACUAGUGUCCGAAACGUCAUAUGUACAGCAGAGGUGAGAAAACAUGGAAGUGGUUUCAGUCAUUGUUAUUCAUAUUACAUUUACAUUUUCAGCAUUUUAGCAGACGCUGAAUACAGUUUGAGCAAUUGACGGUUAAGGACCUUGCUCAGGGGCCCAACAGUGGCAACCUGGCAGAAGUGAGGCAACCUUCUGAUUACUAGUGCAGUACCUUAACCGCUGAGCUAUAGCUAAAACAAAUUUGUUUCCACCGUCAGUACAUUUUUCCUCAUUGCAUAACCCCCGAUCUGAAAAAGUAGAGCAUGGAAAAUGCAAAUAAAAAAAUAAAACUGUGUUUCUUACAUUUAGUUUAGACUUUUGUUUGAUUGCAGACAGGAUGAACCUGAGAUAUUUAAUGUUUUAUCUGCUCAACUUCAUUUCAUUUAUUAAUAAUCAUCCAUUCCUGCAUUCCAAAAGAGUUGGGACAGUAAAGCAUUUACCACUUUGUAAUGUCGCCGUUCCUUUUCACCACACUUAAAAGACGUUUCGGCACCGAGGAGACCAAGUGAUUUGGUGUUUCAGCUUUUAUUUUGUCCCGUUCUUCCUGCAAGCACGUCUUAAGAUGUGCAACAGUAUGGGGUCGUCGUUGUCGCAUUUUUCGGUUCAAAAUUCUCCACAAAUUCUCUAUUGGGGACAGGUCAGGACUGCAGGCAGGCCAGUCCAGUACCCGUAUCCUCUUCUUCCGCAGCCAUGACUUUGUAAUGUGUGCAGCAUUAAAAAUGCAUGGACGUCCCUGGAAAAGACCACAUCUUGAAGGCAGCACAUGUUGCUCUAAGAUCUAAAUGUACUUUUCUGCACAAUGCUGCAUCACAGAAAAGGGGAAACAUCCCCUUUUUAGAGGAAUUUUUUUUGGAAUGUUUUGCAGGCCUGAAAUGCAGGAAUGGAUGUUUAUUUACAAAUUAGAUAAAGU